AUGGCAUGUAUAAAUAUCGAUCGAUUGAAAAUAUUUUUUCUACCACAUGGUCUCCUAUAUACUUUUUUGAGUAUUAUCAUUGUAUGUCUUCUAAUCUUAACCAUCAUCUAUGCUAGUUUAUAUCGUAAUUCCAAUACUUCUCCAAAUAUUUCUCCAGUUGCAAAUGGAAUUAUUGGUUAUCCUAUUCGUUUACCAAAUGAUGGUCGAUAUAUUCAAUGGAUCUUCUUACAAAUGAAUGAUGUUUAUGAAUUAAUACCACUUCAGGGAGGACGAAGAGGUGGUUUUGCACGUGUUGCUUAUAUGCGACAAUUAUUAAAACAAGAAAAUUCAAAUACUUAUACAAUUCUUGCUGGUGAUUUUCUUUCUCCAUCAGUAUUAAGUUUAGCAAAAGUUAAUGGAACAACUUUCAAUGGAAAACACAUGGUUGCAACAAUGAAUACUGUUGGAGUUGAUUUUGUAACAUUUGGAAAUCAUGAAUUUGACUUAUCUGAAAAAGAUUUAUUGACUCGAAUGAAUGAAUCAACAUUUACUUGGAUUAGUUCAAAUAUAUUUCGACAAGAUAGUUAUCAAACAUUUGGAUCGAGUAUUUCACAUAAAAUAAUUACUAUUGAUACUAUUCGAAUUCUUUUCAUUGGUUUAACUAUUGAAAAAGCUGCUGAUUAUGUUCGAAUAAUUAAUCAAUCAUCAUUAGUUAAUCAUGUUAAAGAAUUUUUAAGAUUAUUUCCAAAUGGAACAUAUGAUAUACUUGUUGCUAUAACACAUUUAUCUAUAACAACAGAUAUACAACUUGCUUUAAAUAUUCCACAAAUUGAUCUUAUUAUUGGUGGACAUGAACAUGAAAAUUAUUAUUAUUUAAGAGGAACAAAAUAUAUACCAAUUUAUAAAGCAGAUAUUAAUGCUUUUACUGUUUAUAUACAUCGUUGUGCAUAUAAUUUGGAUAAAAAACACCUUCGUAUUUAUAGUACUUUAGCACCAGUAACAUCUGAAAUACCAGAAGAAAAAAAUACAGCAACAGUAGCAAAUUAUUGGUUUAAUUUAGGUAUUCAAGGAUUUCAAGUAUUAGGUUAUGAACCAAAUGAAAUUGUAUCAUGUCUACCACUCGAUAUUGAAUUAGAUGGUAGAGCACGAUCUUGUAAAAGUUUUGUAACACUUUUAACUGCUGCAAUCUGUGAAAGUUUGUUACUAUUAACAGUAUCACAUAAAACAACUAUUGGUAUAAUUAAUGGAGGAACAGUGGUUUUUAAUGAUAUUCUUCGUGAAAUAAUUACACAAUAUGAUGUUUUACGUACAGUAUCUGUGAAACUUCGUGCUAUUGCUCUUUCUGUUCCUGGUCAAUUACUUGCUCAAGUUCUCACGACUGGUAUGUCAUUGAAAGGAAAUGGUAUGUUUAUUGCUUAUACUAGAGUGAAAACAUUUGAUAAUGGUAAAACAUGGUUAUUCAAUGGUACAGAUAUAUCAAAAAGUAAUCUUUAUUAUAAUGUGGCAACAAUUGCAUAUGUACGAGAUAAUACACAAUUAAAUAAUCCAACUGUAACUACUUUAUAUGAAAGUAGUGUACCAGUGGCAAAAGGUUUAAUCAAAUAUUUAAAAAUCAAAUAUCCUUGUUAG